AUGGCAGGCAGAUCACUAUGUUCUCAUAAUGCAACUUCUCACGAUCAUCAGAACACAUCCAAUCUUGAGGAAAACAAAAACGCAUCAUGUUCAUUUUCCAUUGAAAGCAUUUUGGGGUUAGAGCGGAAAAAAGAUGCCACUCCAGCGGCAACACCUCACAGGCCGUGGGUGGAUAAAUGCAGUGAUUUAGGAGAGGAUUAUAACCCUUGUCUGCGAUUCCCUGGCAUUUCCUAUGCAAUCCCAUUGUUUAAUGCAAUCAACUAUCCAGAGGCAGAAGAAAGAGUUCAAAAAUGUGAAAACUAUUUUGCAGGCAAUGAAAGGCUUUCUUACAAAAGGGAAUUGAGUUGGUACAGAGGUAGGAGGCCAAGGACUGCAUUCACUCGAAGCCAGAUUGAAAUACUGGAAAACGUUUUUAGAGUGAACUCUUAUCCUGGCAUUGAUGUUAGAGAAGAACUAGCUCAAAAAUUAGAUUUAGAUGAAGACAGGAUCCAGAUAUGGUUCCAGAAUCGUCGUGCAAAGCUGAAGAGGUCCCACAGAGAAUCUCAGUUUCUAAUGGUGAAAAACACUUUCUCUCAAAACAUAAUAAAAUAGGAAUA